CUUAUUUACAUCGAAUUCGUCUUCUCGUCACUGUACAUCUACAGUAUCAAUCCGUUCAAGUCUCAAACCCGAACGCAAGACAAAUAGCAAAACAUCAUGAACGCCUUCGUCAAAGUUUUCGUCGUAUUGGCUGUGGCCGUAGCUCUGGCCCAGAGCGAAGAAGCAAAGAAAGACGCAAAAGUCGUUGAGAAACGAUCCCACGAAAAAUCUGACCUGACACCAGCAGCCACAGGACGAUUGUUCUCGGGCGGUUACAACAGCUACCCGACCGGCUACAGCAGCGGUUACAACAGCGGCUACAACAGCUACCCGACCGCGUACAGCAGCGGCUACAACGGCGGCUACAACGGCGGCUACAACGGCGGUUACUACGGCGGUUACAGCGGCUACCCGAGCACGUACAGCAGCGGUUACAACAGCGGCUACAACAGCUACCCGUACAACACCGGAUACUCGUCCGGUUACGGCAGCAGCUACAAGUACCCGAGCAGCGGUUACGGUAGCGGCUACAACAGCGGAUACGACCAGGGCUACGGUUACAACAAGUACCCGUCCGCGUACUCGUACAGCAACAGCUACAACUACCCGGGAUCGUACAGCUCCGGUUACGGGCACAACAGCUACGACAACGACUACUACGGCAACCACGGCGGUUACAGCGGCUACAAGGGGUACAGCUCGUACCCGUCCACCGGUUACGGUUACAACAAAUGGUAAUCAUCGCCGCCGAUCCGACCCGCCCGACCACCAGACAUCGCACGGACGACGACAAUACCUUUGUAAAUCGUUGUCAUCGGAUUUCUCUCUUUCUCGUGGAUUUUUUUCGCAGUCAAAAAAACUUCGCCAACGUUCAUUUCUUUUGAUGACAUGUAAAAACUCUGUUAUUCGUGUAUUUUUAUAUAUAUGUAAUACAUCCUGUAUAUAUACAUUAUACGCAUAUACAUCUAAUUAA